GCGGGCGGGGAAGAUGGCGGCGGGCGGCGGGGGCGGGGGAGGCGGCGGCGGCCGCGGCCCUGAGGGGGCAGGUCCCAACCCUUCCUGCGCCCCCCGAGGGGAGCCCUGAGGGCCCCGCGUGCCCCCCGAGAUGAGCGGCAAGGACCCCCCCGAGGUGUCUGAGAGGAGCCACCUGAAGGUUUUCCUGCCCCGCAAGCUCGUGGAGUGUUUGCCCAAAUGCCCCGUCCUGCCCAAGGAGCAGCUGCGCUGGAACACCAACGAGGAAAUCGCCUCGUACCUCAUCACCUUCGAGAAACACGACGAGUGGCUCUCGUGCUCCCCCAAAACCAGGCCGCAGAACGGCUCGGUGAUCCUGUACAACCGGAAGAAGGUGAAGUACCGCAAGGACGGCUACUGCUGGAAGAAGCGCAAGGAUGGCAAGACCACGCGUGAGGACCACAUGAAGCUGAAGGUGCAGGGGGUGGAGUGCCUCUACGGCUGCUACGUCCACUCCUCCAUCGUGCCCACCUUCCACCGCCGCUGCUACUGGUUGCUACAGAACCCUGAUAUCGUGCUGGUUCACUACCUGAACGUGCCAGCCAUGGAGGAGUGCGGUCGCCCCUGCGCCCCCCGGCUCUGCAGCCCCUCCCUGUGCGCCGGGACCCCCCCCCCGAUCUGCGCCGGCGCCGCCGCCGCCGACCCCCGAGAGUGGCUCAAGUGGUCCCAGGAGGAGCUGGUGGCCCAGCUGCGCCCCAUGUUCCACGGGGUGAAGUGGGGCUGUGGCAAUGGGGGGGGGCCACCCGGGCUGUCCCUGGAGCAGCUGGUUCAGCACGUCCUGAGCGGCACCAGAGCCGGCCACCCCCGCACCCACGCCUGCCUCUGCGCUGGGGCUGGGUGAGACCCCCAACCGCCCCUGGGCACCCCCGGCCACAAGUGCGGCAGCACCAAGCACCGCAUCAUCUCCCCCAAGGUGGAGCGUGGGGGCGACGGCCCCAAACCCUCCCCCUCCUCCCCGGACACCACCCAACCCUCCCCAGAGCUGGGAGGACCCCCGAGGGUCCCCCCUUUUCCCACCCACGUCGGGAGGGGGCUGCCCAUGCUGGUGGUGAGCGGCCUCGGGGGGGCGGCGGCGCCGGGGGGGCCGGAGCAGCCGCUGGGUUUGACCCCCAGCCAGCACCUGGUGACCCCCGAGGGCACCUGCCCCGCCCUGCCCGCCCCGCCCGCCGCCUUCGACCCCGACUGCUUCCUCAACAGCCCCCGCCGCGGGCAGACCUCACGGCUGCGAGGCCGAGGCACCCCGGGCGCGCCCCCUGCCCCUACAACUUGGGGGGCUAAGGAGGAUGAUGAUGAUGAAGAGGAGGAGGAGGAGGAAGAGGAGGAAGAGGAAUCAAAGCGUGGGGCGGCCCCCCAGGACCCCCUUGCGAGCCCACCCCGCCCCAGCACCCUUUCCCCCUGCCCUCGCGAGCUGCUGGUGGUGGCGGGGGAGGGACCACGACGUUGGGGUGCCUCUAAACCCCCGCGGGGUCCUCCCCGCCCCUGUUCCCACCCCCCACUUCUUAAACCCCCCCAGGGUGGGGUGAAGGUGCUGAUCACGGGGCCCUGGGGGGACCCCGGCGGUUCCUACUCCUGCCUCUUCGACCGCACCUCGGUCCCGGCCGCGCUGGUCCAGCCGGGCGUCCUGCGCUGCUACUGCCCCCCCCACGAGGCCGGCGUGGCCGCCCUGCGCGUGGCGUGUCCCCCCCGGCUGCUCUCGGCCGCCGCCCCCUUCGAGUACCGGGCACGGGGGGCUCUGCGGGGCCCCCCCGGGGCACAGCUGGACUGGCUGGCGCUGGAUGAGGCCCAGUUCCGUCUGUCCAUCCUGGAGCGCCUGGAGCAGCUGGAGACGCUGCCUGGGGCCCUGCCCCCCCCCAUUCCUCCUCCACCACCCUCCCCAGCGCCCUCCACCACCCCUCCCUCUCAGGGGCCGUGCUCGUCGUUCGAGGCGCGGGUGGUGUCGGUCUGUGAGGCGCUGAUGGCGCGGCCGGGCUGGCCGGGGGCGUCCCCGGGGCCGUCGGCGCUGGCCCACGGGGCCACCUUCCGAGGGAUGACCCUGCUGCACCUGGCGGCCGCCCAGGGCUACGCCCGCCUGGUGGAGGCGCUGCGGAGAUGGAG